GUUCAGUUGUUACGUCUGGCCCUCACCUGCACCUUGCCUUCGUUUCAUAUAACCAUCCAGGCAUAACUUUUGGUAAUCCCUUACACUGACACCCACUGACUACCUUGCCGACUCAAUUCCCCUUGAUUAUUCCUAUCUCCAUACCAACUUCAUACUAUUCUACGUCUUCAACCACACCAAAAAUGUCUACCACAGUCCACGUCAAGGGCAUCUCUCACGAGACGACCGAGAAGGAGGUCAAGGAUUUUUUCAGCUUCUGCGGCAAGAUCAAUUCCAUCUCAGUCACCCCCGAAUCCGAUGCACCUGAUGCGCAAAAGUCGGCCACUGUGACUUUCGAGAAAGAAACCGCGGCCAAAACUGCUUUGCUUCUGGAUAACACCCAGUUGGGCAAAUCUCAAGUCCACGUUUCCACUGCAAGCACCCUCGAAGAUGUCGCUUCCAAGGCCGGUGCUGCCGUCUCCUCCUCGGUUCCAGAUGACCACAUUGCCCAAGAAGACAAGCCACGCACGAGAAUCGUCGCCGAAUACCUAGCUCAUGGCUAUAGCCUCUCAGACAAUGUCAUCAAUAAAGCGAUAGCGGUGGACAAAGAGCACGGAUUCAGCUCGAGAUUCACGACUGCGCUGUCAAGCUUCGACCAGAAGUACAAGGCAAGCGACAAGGCCAAGUCCGUGGACACAAAGUAUGGUGUCACAGAUAAGGCCAUGAGCGCUUGGAGUGGUCUGAACUCAUACUUCGAGAAGGCUAUGAACACACCUACUGGACAGAGAGUUCGACAAUACUACGUGCAAGGAGACAAGCAAGUCAGAGACGUUCACAAUGAAGCCAGAAGACUCGCAGAUCUCAAGGCCGGCAAGGCUCACGAACCCGAACCAGUUCCCGGCACAGACAAGACAGUCUGCAAGUGUGGCGGUGCCGAGGGUGUCUGUGGCUGUGCGCCAGGUCAUUGCAACUGCGCCAACUGUGCGAAGAGUGGUCAGGGUGAUAAUCAGCCAGAGCCAGUCAAAGGCACUGACAAGACCGUUUGCAAGUGCGGAGGCUCGGAAGGCUCAUGCCCUUGCCCAGCAGGCCACUGCGCUUGCGCUAGUUGCGGCAAGAGCAGCGAAGGUGCGACGACUGAAGCAAAGGAGGCUGCUCAAGCCAGCGGGCAACAAUUGCCAGCCGGAAGUGUCUAAGCAGCCAGUUCUGCACCACUCUUUUCAUGUUGAAAUGAAGGAAAGCAAGCGGCCUAGUUGAGACUCACUGCGGGAGAGGCAUGGAAUUUCGAGCGCUGAACCUUUCACGAGGCACGAGAGCUGAAGGAUUGUGACGUGCUUCUAGGUUAUGUAGUACUCUUCGAUUGCAUCAGUCUCAUUGCUUGAACAUUGUCCUGGAUGAUUUCCUGAGUAAUGCGCCAACCCCUGGUCUUGAGCUACGAAUUGCAGCUCUCUCCUUCUUGACUGCCGCAGUCCGCAUACUCCUCAGCUAUAAUCCAAGAUAUUGUGAAAUGGUUCUGCGAUUUAAGCUCAAGAUUCACAAUUUUGACUGAAUAAAUUGCCUUCCGAAGCUUCACAACCUUGCAUGCAGGUGCUCGUGGUGGAUCGUUUGCAGCCCUU